GCUAUGUAAGUUGGAGGAGGCUUUUACGAACUCACUGCCACAUGGGUGAUGGGCUUAUUGUUCUCAAAGUUUUGGAGGCUUUUCGGUUCUCGGGACUAUAAAGUUAUAAUUUUGGGAUUAGAUAAUGCCGGAAAAUCCACAAUAUUGUAUCAGUUCGUACUUAAAGAGGCUGUGCAAACGUCACCUACCAUUGGCAGCAAUGUGGAGGAAGUAAAAUGGAAGAAUCUGCAUUUCAUAAUGUGGGAUAUCGGUGGACAGACUUCUCUCAGAGCAUCUUGGGACACAUAUUUUUCUGGUUCAGAUUUUGUUAUUUUAGUUAUCGAUAGCACAGAUCGUGAGCGUUUGUUCUUAACAAAGCAAGAGCUGUACAAAUUACUAGUUGCUGAGGAGUUAAAGCGUUCAAAGAUGUUGAUAUUUGCGAAUAAGCAGGAUGUAUCUGGGUGUAUGUCUGUUGCUGAAAUAAGUCACAACCUUAACUUGACAUCCAUAAAGGACCAUCCAUGGCAUGUUCAACCAUGCUGCGCACUGACAGGAGAAGGACUUCCUCAAGGUUUGGAUUGGAUUGCUACUCAAAUUGGACGAUAACAGUGCAAAUCUCUCCCUAUCUCCCCACCUUCUUUAUUAUUUUCCUAGCGGUUGUUUUGUCAAUUUUCGAUAAUUAUCAAAGAAAAAUAAAUAAAAUCUUAAGCAUCAAUACUACUAGUGCUGUUAAUGUUCUCCGUCAAGAGUCAGUGUUUUGUCGCCUUUGAAAAAUUGACUGUUUGGUGAAUAACUUGUUAAUUGUAAAUUGUUAUUCUUAUAUCCUCUAGCCUUUCCUAAGUUCUCUUGUGUUAUCAUUGUUUUGUUUGUACAGAAUGUAAUAUAUAUACUUCAUGCAUAUAUAUAUUUAUUUAAUAUGGUUACGAUCUUCCUUAUACGUUCAUUUUGUAAUGUGAAAAAUCAGAGUAUCUAUUGUAAUGCACUUCUACUUAUUCACCUUCAUCUUUGUUUUGAAAAUUCGUAACAUUCUCAGUAACACCGCUGAUUAUUUUUAAAAUCAGGUGUAGUCAACCAGUGAUGUAUGGAAAUUUGAAAUCAAUUUCUUUUGUGUCUAAAUUUGUGACUAAAUUUUUGUCUCACAUACAUACACUUUCACAUAUAUGACUUUUUAUUGUUAUAUUGCAAAGAAAUAGGAAUCCCUUAUUGAAAUAAGAAGCAAAUAAUAAACAAUUUUUUGAAGCUUCACAUGUAUUAUUUUGUUUUACUCAAAGAAAUUGUAUGCUUAUUCACAAAUAUGAAUUAGUUUUUAAA